GGUUUAUAGUCUAUUUUUUGGGUUUAAGGUAUAUAAUUUGGGUUUAGGAUCUGGAUUAGGGUUUAGGGUAUAGGGUUUGGGUUUAGGGGUUUGAAUUUGGGUUUAGAAUUUAGGGUAUAGGGUUUAGAAUUUAAGAUUUAGGGUUUAAGGUUUCUCUGGAAGCGUUAACGUCUUUAAAAUUAGCGUUUUUAUUUUUUGUACCUAUUUUUUAUUUAAUUUAAUAUUUUUUAAUUAAUAAUCUAUGUGUCAAUUUGAAUGAUCCUAAAGGUCGGGGUGAAUUUAAAGGUUCUGUCCUUUUAAGUAUAAAGUUUUUUCGUAGUUUGUCAAAAGUCUACAAGAAAAUAUAACUAACUAUAUCGUUUUUUUAACUAACUAUAUCGUUGACCAAAAAACACUACAAGAAAAUAUAUAAACAUAUCAUAGAAAAUUUAACGGCCAACUGAAAACCUAUAUUCUAUUUUCGUCGUAUAUAUAAAGAGUAUCAACGAAGCAAAUAAAGAAAGAUAAAAGAGUAUUGCUAAGUGCUGACUAUAGUUGACGUCUUUCUUUCGCCGCCUCUGACGCCGACGAGAGCCACCGCGAAAGAUCAACAAACCGAUGUCGCCGUCACAGUUUUCCUCACUGCCUAACGAUAUAGCGUGGCAAGUCUUAGCCCGCGUGCCGAAAUGCAAAUACCCACUCCUCGCUUGCGUCUCCAAGAACUUCACUUAUCUCGUUCGUUCCCCGGAAAUUCACAAGAUUCGCUCUCUCCUCCGCAAAGAUUCGCUCUACAUCUCCUUCAGGAACAAAAACGAUCGCUCCCAGAACCCGCGUUGGUACACUCUGCGCAGAGCUGAGAACAAUCCGAGCGAGAACCAGUUCGUCGUCUCCGUCAACCUCGCGCUUCCUAACCAUUACCACCGCAUGCCCUCGAUCGUCGCUCACGGUCCGGAGAUUUUCUUUAUCUGCGGACCGUUCUUUCAGUCGCCAAGCUUUUGGGUCUUUGAUUCGCGAACCGACGAGCUUCGACGAGGACCAACCAUGAACGCGAACCGAACGUACAAAAGCGUGGGAGUAGUCGGGCAUAAGAUAUACGUGGUCGGAGGAGUAAGAUCUAACGAGAAUCUCGCCGAGUCAUUUGACCUAACGACGGAAACUUGGGAGCCAGCGCCGAUCCCUAAGGAAGAAAAAACGUGGCUCGCGUCUGCCACGGUGUCGUUAGACAGGAAGGUGUGUGCGUUGAUGCUCGUUGGAGCCUACACUGUUUGCUACGAUACUGGGGAUGGUUCUUGCGAGAGUUUUGCUUUGCCUGAAGAUAAGUGGUGGAAAACGGGUGUUUGUGUGAUGGAGAAUGUGCUCUACGUUUAUUACGCUAGAUUCGGGCUGAUGUGGUAUGACACUAAGCUGAGGGUAUGGAGAGUGGUGAAUGGUUUGAGUGAUGUCAAAAAGGUUCGAUCCGUUGGGAUGGCGGAAUACUAUGGAAAUGUGGCGCUUUUGUGGAAAGAACAUGGUGGGUGCGGAAAGGAGAUUUGGUGUAGAAUGAUUGCUAUGGGUAAGUGUGAAGAAGGGGUCAAAGGGACUGCAGAAUCGGCUCAACUUCUGGGGAGUGUCCCUGAUGGUUACAGAAUGGACAAUUGUCUAUCAGUUUCAGACUAAAGAGGAUAGAUUGGAUAGGUUGAAGUAAUUAUUUUGAUGUGUGGGCUACAUGCUAUUCUGUUUACUAGUAAUUUUGCCAUCGUUGUACAAACCUCAAAAAGCAUGUGGUGUUUGCACAAGUGUUAUGUUGUUUCCAGUUUAAACAGGGCAGAGAACAAGACAAUAAAUGCGUUUGAAUAUGAAUGAGGUUAUACAGCCAGUUUGAUUGUUUAUAGCUUCUCCUAGGUCUUUUUAGCAGUAGUAGCAUA